CUAUUACUAACGAUUGUUUGAUCUAAUCAUUUAGAAAUUAUUACAAUAAUUACGUACACGUAUUGACAUGUAUUGCACGCAUAUACAUAUACAUUCACAUACCACACAUUCACUUACCUUACAAGGAAUUCUAGUGUGUUCAUAACCUCAUAAUUUAUUUAUUUGAAAAUUUUAUAAAUUAAUCAACGUGACAAGAUGGGAGCUUGGAGAGAAUCUGCUAGUUUAAUAAUAGCAGUUCGUCACGCACAAAAAUGUAUACGUUCGUCUUUUGCAAAUUUUCAGUACAAUUACAAUCUGUUAUGCAUGAAACGUCAACAAAACGCGAGGUUUCAGCCGAGUAUGUACGUAUUUCCUGGAGGAGAGAUACAUCCAUCAGACGCUGAUUUGAAGUGGCAUAACAUUUUUUCCACCUUUGGUAUCGAUGCAAACAGUUUCACAUCUUUAUAUCCGAAAACCUCUGUUCGUCCUCAAAUCUUCAAAUUUAAACCUAACGAAUUGCCAAGAGAAGUUUCAUUACGCAUAACAGCGAUUCGUGAAACGUUUGAAGAGAGCGGUAUACUUAUAUGCAGACAAUCGCAAGAAACUAAUGAUUUUGGUUGGGCUAACUACGUAAAAAUUCCAGAAAAUGACAUACGCGAUUGGCAAGAAAGGGUACACAACGAUGCUAAGGAAUUUUAUACGUUAUGUGAAAAUUUUAAUUGCUAUCCAGACUUAUGGUCUCUUUACGAAUGGAGUAACUGGUUGACACCAACUUAUUUCGUUGGAAGGCGUUUCGAUACUGCAUUUUAUCUAGCUUGCAUUUCAAAUAUACCUCAAACUGUUUAUGAUGUUACAGAAAUGGAAGGUUUGAAAUGGGAUAUGCCCGGAAAUUUGUUAACUUCUCCGGAUGUUACAUUGCCGCCUCCACAACAAUAUGAAAUUGGGAGACUAGCGAAAUUCGAAAGUAUAGAUAACUUGUUGGAUUUUGCCAUUGAGCGCAGUAAAAAAGGGGUGCUCUUAAGUCUGCCAGUAAAGAUAGAAUUACAAGAUGGAAGAGUGUACGUUUUACCAGGAGAUUCAAUGUAUCCUAAACAUGUUAACUUGCUAGAGAAGCAAGUUAUCAAUAAAACGGAUAUUACUAUUCGUGAAUUACGGGAUAUAUCUCCUGUGAAAAACAGAAUGGAAUACUCUAAUCUUCAAGUGAAAGAAAUUUGCGUUAAAAAUUUGGUUAGCGUUGAAGGUCACUUGGCUCCUCUUCAACUUAAAAAUAUUUCUACUGCAACAAUAUCUAAGAAUCCAAAACUAUAACAUUUUUGUUUAAUAGUGUAUAGUACUAUUUCAUAAUUUGCUAUUCUUGUAUGUAAUAUCAUAAUCAAGGCAGUUUUUUGUAAAACGAGGUAAUGUGUUGGUAAAUAUAUUUUCAAUAUUAAAUAUAUUAAGUUUUAGUAAA